AUGGAAGACUUCAUCAAGCAGCUGACAACAUUUGACGACUACAUUAUGCCCAAGGAUAUCAUUGCUUUUGUAUGUGAUCCUCUCACAGUCCGCCCAGGUGGAGAAUUCUCCUCCCUUGCUAAGAAAACGAUACCCUCGCUGGAUGAGGCCGCAGUUCAAACUGAGCUGAUUCAUUUCCAGACAUCGAGCCAAAUCAGGAGUAACCACUACAGGAGUAACCACCAUAGGAGUAACCACUACAGGAGUAACCACUACAGGGGUAACCACCACAGGAGUAACCACUACAGGAGUAACCACUACAGGAGUAAUCCCCACAGGAGUAACCACUACAGGAGUAACCCCCACAGGAGUAACCACCACAGGAGUAACCACUACAGGAGUAACCCCCACAGGAGUAACCUCCACAGGAGUAACCACUACAGGAGUAACCCCCACAGGAGUAACCUCCACAGGAGUAACCACUACAGGAGUAACCACCACAGGAGUAACCACUGCAGGAGUAACCACCACAGGAGUAACCACCACAGGAGUAACCACUACAGGAGUAACCCCCACAGGAGUAACCUCCACAGGAGUAACCACUACAGGAGUAACCCCCACAGGAGUAACCUCCACAGGAGUAACCACUACAGGAGUAACCACCACAGGAGUAACCACUGCAGGAGUAACCACCACAGGAGUAACCACCACAGGAGUAACCACUACAGGAGUAACCACCAUAGGAGUAACCCCCACAGGAGUAACCACUACAGGAGUAACCCCCACAGGAGUAACCACUACAGGAGUAACCACCACAGGAGUAACCACCACAGGAGUAACCACUACAGGAGUAACCACCAUAGGAGUAACCACUACAGGAGUAACCACUACAGGAGUAACCACCAUAGGAGUAACCACUACAGGAGUAACCACUACAGGAGUAACCACCACAGGAGUAACCACUACAGGAGUAACCACUACAGGAGUAACCACCAUAGGAGUAACCACUACAGGAGUAACCACCACAGGAGUAACCACUACAGGAGUAACCACCACAGGAGUAACCACUACAGGAGUAACCACCACAGUAUUAACCACCACAGGAGUAACCACCACAGGAGUAACCACCACAGGAGUAACCCACAGGAGUAA